UUAACAACUGUCAUUAAACUUGAAGAAGAAGAAACGAGGCGCGAGUCCCUCCUGUGAGCGGACCAAAGUGUCACGUGGUAAACAUCGUCACACGCGGAAGAAUGACAUGUUUGCUUAUUGCUAAUAUUUCCUGAAUGUUUCAGUGAACCUUCAGCAUCCAGGUUGGCGGGACCAAAAUGGCAUCCUACUUUGAUGAACAUAACUGUGAGCCCACCAACCCUGAGGAACAGUAUCGCCAGAAUGCACUACUUGAAUUGGCCAGGUCUUUAAUGCAAGGCUUGGACUUAUUUGACUCGGGGGCGUUCGAUUUGUCAGACUGGGACCAGCGUCUUCCUCCUCCGGCUGCCAAAACUGCUGUUCAGACCCUCACCGUGGUCAUCAUUUCUCCAGAGCAAGCAGACAAAGGUCUCAAGUGUCCUGUGUGUUUGCUUGAGUUCGAGGAACAAGAGACGGUUCGAGAAAUGCCUUGCAAACACCUUUUCCACUCAGGAUGUAUACUGCCCUGGUUGGGCAAGACUAACUCCUGUCCGCUCUGCCGGCUUGAAUUACCGACUGACAAUCCAGAGUAUGAGGAGUUUAAAAAAGACAAGGAGAGAAGAAAACAGAGGGAGCACAGGCUGGAAGACCUGCAUGGAUCCAUGUACACAUGACACGACAGUGCUGUGGUGCAAGGUUGUGGCACAGUGACAUUUUACAGAAAAUCAUGAGAAAAAAUGAAAGCUCCAGGAAAUGUAUAAUGCUGCGUUCAUGCCAUUUCAUACAGAAUGUAAUUUCAAGCAGGGGGAUGGGAAAUAACGCUCAUGUCAGCCUCAUAUUUGUAGAAAUAUAAAUUAUAUUGUAUUACAAAUUAUAUAAAUAGCAUCUCCCUAUUGGCGUGGCGUGGCAUGGUGUGAAUGCAGCAUAAUUGAAAAUUCUUGUUGGAUAAAUGUUCUUUUCUCACUAGUUAGGCUAAAUAUAUAUUUUAAGAUGAUUAUGCUGUUGACAGUAGUCCUGAAGCAUUUCUGUUCAGUCUCUUUAUUCAUUUUAAAUAUAAAUCUAUGAGCUUUAAACACACAAAAAGCUGUAUUUGUCUAAUUAAUAUGAAUUAUUUAAAGACAGGAAUAUAUUUUAAUCAGUGACUCUUUUUUGUUUUUCCACAAAAAUCAUUUUUAAAUCUGAGAGAAUUUUAAAGUGCAUUCAUUUAAUGCAGCAUGAAUUAUUAUACACUUAAAAUAAAUUCUGGGUACUCAUUAAAGCUGCAGUAGAAAUGGAA